GCCCUAACUCCACCGCCACCGCAAUGGGAGGAGCAACCACGGCCGUCGGGCCGAAACCCCACUCCGCACCUUCAGUACGUGUCUUCUCCACCAUUCUCAUUCUAACACAUUUCAUAAAUGCAGUGUUCGGAGACUCAUCUCCUUCAUUCACCCCCACCGACAACUACCUCAUCAACUGCGGCUCGCCGGAAAACACCAUCCUCGACGACGGCAGAACCUUCAAAUCCGAUUCCCAAUCCGCCUCGUACUUAUCCACCGACGAAGAUAUCCUAACCUCCAUUCCCUCCUUCCCAAACACCCUCUCUCCUUCCUCCUCCUUCCUCCCAUUAUACCUCACCGCAAGAAUAUUCCACCACGAAUCUAUCUACAGAUUCCUCAUCUCCAAACCCGGCCGCCAUUUCCUCCGCCUCUACUUCUACCCUCUCCCCCACCCCACCUACAAUCUCACCUCCUCUACUUUCACCGUCGCAACUGACGAUAUUGCCCUCCUGCAUGGCUUCUCGUUAAAAGACACAACCAAAACGGUGCUUAAAGAGUACCUAAUCAAUGUAACAACCGACAAACUCACACUCAAAUUCUCCCCCAUGAAGAACUCCGCCGCCUUCGUCAACGCCAUCGAGCUCGUCUCCGCCCCGGACGAACUCAUCCCCGACUCGGCCGCCGCCGUCUCCCCGGUCGCCGACUUCAACGGCCUCAAAACUUACGCGCUCGAGGUCUCCUACCGGAUCAACGUCGGCGGGCCCCACGUCACCCCGAGGAACGACACGUUGUCGAGGACGUGGGCCCCGGACGACGAGUUCAUGACUUUCAAACAAGGGGCGAAAAAGGUGUCGGUCCCCACCGACGUGAUUGAGUACCCCAAGGGCGGGGCGACCCCUCUGAUCGCCCCGUACUGGGUGUACUCGACCGCCGACCAGAUGGAGGAUUCGGGUACAUCCGACCCGAAUUUCAAUCUGACGUGGGCGAUGAGCGUGGACCCCACCUUCUCGUAUCUCAUACGCCUCCACUUUUGCGACAUCGUAAGCAAGGGGCUCAACGAGCUCUACUUCAACGUGUACAUAAACGGCCUCGUCGGCGCGUCGGGCCUCGACCUCUCGACGCUCACACUCGGCCUAGCCGUACCGUACUACAAGGACUUUGUCCUCAACGCCUCAUUCAUCACCAACGGGACGGUCACCGUCCAAGUGGGGCCCACCUCGAACGUCCAAUCCUCGAUGCCGAACGCCAUACUCAAUGGUUUGGAGGUGAUGAAGAUGAGCAACUCCGCCGGGAGCUUGGACGGAUUGUUCUCCGCCGACGGGACCUACCGAGGCAAGAAAACCGGCAACGCUUCCAUGAAGGUAGCCGCCGCCGUCGCGUUAGCGCUAGGGGCAACGGCGUUGGUGUUGCUCUUGGUAGGGAUAUUGAGGUGGAAGAAGAGGCCUAACAAAGGUGGCUACGAGAAGCAAAAGACCUUCUCGUCGUGGUUCCUCCCUCUAAACACGAGCCAAAUCUGCAGCACGUUCAUGUCGAGCAAGAGCAAGAGCGCGACUUUCACGAGCACUUUCAACAACACGGGGCUCCAUCUCGGGAAAUGCUUCACCUUCAACGAGCUCCGCGACGCGACGAAAAACUUCGACGAGAAGGCGGUCGUAGGUGUCGGAGGGUUCGGAAAAGUGUACCUAGCUAGCCUCGAGGACGGGACCAAAGUCGCCAUAAAGCGUGGCAAUGCGUCUUCCUCCCAAGGGAUCAACGAGUUCCAAACCGAGAUCCAAUUGCUCUCAAAGCUAAGGCACCGACACUUAGUCUCUCUAAUCGGUUAUUGCGACGAACAAUCCGAAAUGAUCCUAGUUUACGAGUACAUGGCCUACGGCCCGCUUCGCGACCACCUCUACGGCUCCAACUUGCCCCCGUUAUCGUGGAGGCAACGUUUAGAAAUUUGCAUAGGCUCGGCGAGAGGGUUGCACUAUCUCCACACGGGGUCCACGCAAGGUAUCAUUCACCGAGACGUCAAGACAACAAACAUCCUCCUCGACGAGAACUUCUUGGCUAAGGUUUCCGACUUCGGCCUGUCCAAAAUGGGGCCGUCGUCGCUCGAUCAAACGCACGUGAGUACAGCUGUCAAGGGUAGUUUCGGGUACCUCGAUCCCGAGUACUUCCGAAGGCAGCAACUUACGGAGAAAUCCGACGUUUACUCGUUCGGAGUUGUACUCUUCGAGGUGUUGUGCGCUAGGGCGGCACUUGAUCCUUCGUUGCCGAGGGACCAGGUGAACUUGGCGGAGUGGGCGAAGAUGCAGAACAAGAAAGGGUCGAUAAAGAAGAUCGUCGAUCCGGUUAUAGUCGGAGAUAUAAAUCAAGAUUCGUUGAUAAAGUUCGUCGAGUCGGCGGAGAAGUGUUUGGCGGAGUACGGCGUCGAUAGGCCUUCAAUGGGGGAUGUGCUUUGGAACUUGGAGUUUGCUUUGCAGCUGCAAGGGGAGAGUACUACGGCGGCAGCUUCGAGCUCGGGUGGCGGUGGUGAGGAAUCUAAAGAUGCUGUCGUAAAGAUUGCGAAAAACGAGGAGUGUGGUACUAAUAAGGAAAGUAAGAAAGAAGAGGAGAUGAUGAUUGUUGUUGAUGUUGAUCAUAUGAGUGAUGAUUCUGGGGUGGUUGUUGCUAAUCCUAUGUUUCUUGAAAAUUUUCAAGGGAGAUGAGAGAGAGA